CUUGUUGUUAGCAACCGGGCGGUGGUCUGGCUGGUGGUCCGGGCGGAGCUGCCUGGGGCGGGAGGCACUGUCAUGAAUCCGCCGGGACCCCUGGGGGUCCUGGAGGAGAAGGAGGAGGAACACUUGUCCACUCCGAUUCUCGGGCCGUCCAUACAUUCUGACAACCCUCAGGAGCGGAUCCAGGCCCGGCGCCUCCGCAUCGCGGCGCGCCUGGAAGCCCGGAGGCGGGAAGCGCUUGGAGAAUAUUUAGAUGGGAAGAAAGAGAGUGAGGAAGAUCAAAGAAAGAGCUACAAGCAGAAAGAAGAAAGCAGACUGAAAUUGGCUAAACUGCUGCUCUGUGGCACUGAGUUGGUGACAAAUAUCCAGGUGGCUACAGAUAUCAGAGAGAUCCACAGGAGAGUGGAAGAAGAGGAGAUCAAGCGUCAGAGACUUGAAAAGCUGGAGAAUGAAGUCAAGACAAGCCAAGACAAAUUUGAUGAAAUCACCGCAAAGUGGGAGGUGGGCAAACAGAAGAGAAUUCCCCAGGACCUGUGGGACAUGCUCAACACCCAGCAGGUGCACUGCGCCGGGCUGAUAGAGGACAAGAACAAGCUUAUCAGCGAGUUACAGCAGGAGUUGAAAAUAAAAGAUGACCAGUAUGUGAAGGAUUUGAAGAAACAGUCGGAUGACAUCUGCCUACUUCUGGAGCGAAUGGAAGAACAAGUGAAGCAUGUCAUGAAAACCUUCCGUCAGGAGCUGAAUUACAUUGAGAAAGCAUUUGAGAUAGAACGGCAGGAACUGCUGACCAGUAAUAAGAAGAAAUGGGAGCGGGCCCUGCAGGCUCACAAUGCCAAAGAGCUGGAGUAUCUUAUGAACCGCAUCAAGAAAGCAGAGGACUAUGAGAAGCAGCUGAACAGGCAGAGGAUGUGGGACUGGGAAGAGUACAACAUGAUCAAGAUCAAACUGGAGCAGGAUGUGCAGGUUCUUGAGCAACAGCUUCAGCAGAUGAAAGCAACUUAUCAGCUAAACCAAGAGAAGUUGGAGUACAACUUCCAGGUGCUGAAGAAGAGAGACGAAGAGAGCACAGUGAUCAAAUCCCAGCAGAAGAGGAAGAUCAAUCGCCUGCAUGAUACCCUCAACAAUCUGAGAUCGAAAUACGCCAAACAGAUCAAGCAGUUUCAGGAGGAGAACCAGUCGCUGACCUCUGACUACAAACGCCUUGUGAUGCAAUUCAAGGAGCUACAGAAAGCCAUGCGGCAUUUUGCUCUCAUUGAUGACAAGCAGUUUCGGGAGAUUUGGCUAAUGAAUGAGGAGGAGGCAAAGGAUCUGAUAAGCAGAGCCUUUGAUGUAGACAGGAUCAUUCAUACCCAUCAUCUGGGGCUCCCCUGGACGGCACCUGAUUUCUGGUUCCUGAGGAAUGUGGGACCUAUAUCUCAGCAGCCGCAGAAGUCUGCCACACAGAUAGUAGAAGAGGUGCUGAUGCAAGCAGAAGAGGAGGGGACCGAGGAGGCCGCCUCGGAAGCAGAGUCUUACCUCGACCUGCCGAGGCAAAUUUCCCCGAAAACUACCAGAAAGAUCCUGAUGCUCCUGUGUGACGAGUCGGGUUUCCUCGUAGAGAGCAAGCUGCUGAGCCUUCUCCUUCCCCUGGAGAAGAACGAAUGCUAUCUGCUGAGGUUGGACGCCAUUUUCUCAGCCCUUGGAAUUGAAAGUGAGGACGACCUAUAUAAACUGGUGAAUUUCUUCCUCAAAUACCGAGUUUAUCAUUCACCCUCCAGUCAGGAGCAAACAAGCCUGUUGUCAGCGCUGGAGCCAGGAGAGCAGCCAGACCUCGAGGGACAGAAAGAGGAAAGCCUCGUGGAAGGGGAGCCGGAAGAGAAGGAGGCCCCCCCUUCUCCCAGGCUCAUCCAUCCCAACGAUGUCCUCAAGAUUCUGGAGGCCUUUGUCAUGGGUCUAAAGAAACCCAGGGACUCUCGGGCACCAGUGAAGUUGAAGUAUGUGCGGGAUAACUCGAAGGACUCUGCGUAUUGGGAGGCCCUGACCACGGUUAUCCCUGACACCACGCAGAACCUCUGGGACGCUCUGUACACAGCCCUGGAGAAAUACCACCUCAUCCUGACCCAGAGGGCCAAGCUGCUGAUAGAAAACAACUCGCUGGAGCAGCAGAACACAGAGCUCCAGAUGCUGCUUCAAAAGUAUCUAGAUUCCAAGGUGGGUGACAGGGAGGCUCCGAGGAGGGUAGGCAGGAGGCUGGGGGAGGCAGUGGGACUGCUCUUAGGAAAUGAGUCUCUUCCCUCACUAGAAGCAAGGGAGCGUUGAGAUGUGACAUAAAAUAUCAACAGUCGUACCUCAGGUUGGGACAGAAUGAUCGGGCAAGGGAGUGGACAUUGCCUGAAGCCUCCUCCUGGACAUCUGGGCUAUAAUAGUGCCCCUCGGAUGCCGUGGUCUUUGGUGCCCGCUCCUUGCUGGACCGUCCUCCGAAGCAGGGCCAAAGGCUGUGAUGACGUCCCAGGCCACAGGGCCCCUCCUCAUGACAUUUCUUCUUUGCUCCUAACCCCUCUGUGAAGUCGAUAGGGCACAGGCGAUUCUCCCAAAAAGGAGAAUCAAAACUGGGAGACCCUGUGACGUGCCCAGAGCCCUGGGCUCUUCCCACUCUGCCGGCCAGGUUGUCCGGCCUGGGAUAUGACAUGGCGAGAGGAAGCUCCAAGUGGGACAGAUGGUCCCUGGCCCCCACUCUUGAUCACUCCAGUGACGGUUGGGGCAACUCCGCCGUGGCCUGCAGGAGAAGAAGUCCCACCGUCUCUGCUCCGAAGGUUAGAAUCCAUUCGUCGCACAGUUGCUGACUCGGCUCUCCUAGUGUGGACUCCUUCACGUGGCGCUGAGGCCAUGGGCCUCGACACACCGGGCUGAGGGUAGGCCCUCCGUCACCCGCUGUGUGUGGGAGAGGUGACCGGGGCCAGCCACAAGCCCAGGAACGGGGAGUGUGGCCCUGCCGUGGUCGCGGGCCCCGGGCCACUGCUGAACAGAGGAUGUGGUGAGCCUUGGUGUCGUGACGGACAUGAGGGCUGUGUGGCCCACGCUUUCGUCCGUGCUGCCGCGCACAGGAGGAUGGGGAGGUGCGGGCAGGGGCAGGGCUGGACGGGUGCAGGGGAGACGGAGGAUUUAAGAGCGUGGCUCAGAGCAGAGGUUCAGAAGGUUACCAGAGGUUAGCUGGCGGGAGCACAGGCCAACCCAAAGCCCUAGGACUUCUCUUCCGAAGGAAGGCAGACUGCGGGCUUUCCCAGCACCCGGAAGCACGUGGGGAGGAAGUGCUUGCCGAGAGUUGGAGCCCUGAGGAGAGCCGACGCGAGCACCUGCUCCCCCGAGGUCACGAAGAAGGAGGGCCCUGGGAAAGAGGUGAUGAGCCGUACUCUUUCUUUUCCAGAUAAACUCUGAACUGCAAGUUCCACCAACUCAGGUGUUCCGGGUACCCACAAAAUAGAGCCGGGCCUCGGAAGGCUGCCGUGUUAAGGUGCGGGCUGGCGCUGGCACGUGUCACCCGGGCACCUGCCUGGGGCCACUCUGGACUGGCCAGAGCUGCCGUGAUCGGGCCUGUCAAAAGAAGGCCGAGCGGUUACCUGUAUCCUGCCGUCAUGAUUAAAGUCUUUAAAAAGUU